AUGUUUGGUGUCGUCCGCGAGUUCCAGGCCCCUAUGGGCGUCACGCACGCCGUACGGGGUCGAUUCGGCCCUACAUCCUCGUCGCUGGCUGUCGUCUUCGCCCGAAAGAAUUCCCUUGACAUAUAUGUUGUUCGCGCUAAUGCCGAAAUGGCCCGUCUUGAGCUACUCCAGAGUACCCCGUUGGGCGCAAACGUUUUCACCAUGGCUGUAUCGCGAAGGGGGACACAAGAUCUUCUAUGUAUUGGAUUUGAUCGCAUGCGCAUCGCCCUCAUGUCCUGGGAUCACGAUGUCAGGGGAUGGGUCACCGAUCAACUUCUCGAUCUGGGUACAUUAUUAGGUUCCAAACUCUGCUCCCCGAGCUCCAUUAUGAGAAGCCUUGACCCAGAGGACUUUGGCAGGCCGCUCUUGCGAGGGACUGUUGGUGAUUCUGGUGAGCCGCUCAUACGCACAGACCCGUCUGGGCGGUGCAUUGCCGUCUUGUCUAAGAAUCAGAAUGCCCUCUAUAUCGUCCCGCUGCGACCAGAGGAUGAUCAGACCAGAGCUGAAGAGCGCGUUGUCUCAAAGGCGGAGGUCUUUCUUAUCGACAUCCCCACCGAGUAUGAUGCCACAAACAUAAAGGACUUUACCUUUCUGGAAGGCACCUUUGAGCCCAAUAUUCUCCUCCUGCAUGAGCCGAAAAGAACAUGGGCUGGCCGCGCCGCCGUGCAAAGGAAUACCUGUCAGCUACUCAACCUUUCAGUGGAUAUUCGGUCAAAGAGACAUACGAAGAGUUGGGCCAUGGAUACGCUAGCCUACGAUUCCGCUAAAGUUGUCGCAGUUCCUGAGUCUGCGGGCGGGGGAGCGCUGCUCUUGUCUGCAAGUGUCAUUCUUCAAGUUCGUCACGGGGCUUGCGUAGCUGGCCUUUCUCUCAACUGCUUUGGUGACGCCUACGCGACUGAAGUGAAGGGCAAGUAUGAUAUGAUUACCGCGUCGGACACGCUUGUCGAAUGCGAUGCCGCCCAUUGUCGCUUCUUAGACUACGAAGAACGAGUGCCGGAAUCGCCGGGCGAAAGCAUUCAAUGUAUCGCCCUACUUUCAUUAAAGGGUGGUGAGCUUUAUUUUCUGAAUGUUGCCGUGGGCUCCCGUAAUACCAUUUCUAUGAAGCGGGCUGGAAGUACCGUUAUGGCCUCCGAGGUUGUUCCUGUCAAUGAGCGCUUUUUCGUGCUUGCGUCUCGCCUCAGCGAUUCCCUUUUGGUUGAAUAUCAGAGAUCCGCUGAUAGUGCAGAGCAGACAGACGCGUCGUCGAAAACCAAGAAUAAGGCAUAUAAUGGUGAUCCUUCGUCCUUAUCCAAGUCGAAGACCAGUAAACGGAAGAGAAAGACUCGUUCAGCUGAGAACGAAGCCGAGUACGAGCUGAUAUAUGGUGUCAAGCCUCCGCCGGAAUCGUCCGAAGAAGACUCAGAUGACGAGCACGGAAACAAGCAGUCUUCCCUCAAAUUGGAAGAAAAAGAUGAAGGAACCCGCGGUGUGUAUGAUGAUGAAGAUGAGUUGGGGUGGGUCUUCAACUCUGAGACAGAUGGUGAACGCUCCCAAGGAAAAGCGAGCGGGGCGGGUAAUUGGGCCCUCAAGGUUAAGGAUACGCUUCCUUGUUUUGGUCCGGGUGCUGAUUUAGCUAUCGGAGCAUCUCCGGAAGACUUAACAAAAUUGGACAUAGUCGUGGCAGGGGGCUUUGCAAAGAAUGGAUGCCUUGGCGUUGUCCAUGAGUCUAUUCGUCCAACGAGCAGGGCAGAAUUUAUUGUUCCAGGAUGUAAUGGAGUAUGGACUUUGAGGGAUCUUACCGUCGCGAAGAACGAGAAGGCUGAACGAGAGGAACGGAAUGCUGCUACCUCUAUUCGGAAUGCCGCAAGAAGAGCCCGGAACACCAAGAAGCACGCUGCAAAAAAAAGAUAUAUUGAACAAGCCAUCGAAGAAUUGAGGAAAGAACGGGUAGCGCAAAAGAUAGCCGAAGCGAAAGCCGAAGAAGCGAAAGUAGAAAAGGCUAGAGCCGAGAAAGCCAAAGCCGAAAAGGGCGAAACCGAGAAAGCUGAAGCCGAAAAGGGCAAGAGUGAGCUUGAGAGUACGGUCAAUGGAGCUACAGGUCAGGAGAAUGGCAGCGUCGUCGAAACAAAUUCGGAAGAGGCAGACGCAGGCAGCGACGGAAAACGCCCUCUAAAGGUGCGAUUUGCAAAAGCAGAAGAUACUGUACAAACUCCAGCUCCCGAGGCAGAAGCAAAAGGACUCGCUGCGCCGCCUCUAAAGAAGAUGAAGAGCGAAAACGGGAACUCAGCAUCUACAGUUAAUCCAGAGCCAUCGAAAGAUACCGCACAAAUUGAAAUUAGCGAAGACGUCCGGUUGCAGAUCGAGCAAGGAGCAGAAGCAGAGUUCCCUCCCGAGCCUGAGGAUCCGUUAGAAGAGGCUAUAGCGGAGGAAGGCGCUCUUCACUCAUACAUGUUGCUGAGCACUGAAUCAGCUACGACUGUUUUGAAGACUGGCCUUGAGAUUGAGGAACUGGUGAAUGAGUCAGUGGAUUUCGUGACCACCUCGAAAACGCUGGCCGCUGGCAAUGUCUUGGAGAAUCACGCUGUUGUGCAAGUUGUUACUUCUUAUGUGAAGCUAUUAAAGGAAGGGAAGAUUCAGUGCGAAUACAAACUGCCAGACGGGAAGGGCCUUAUCAGAAGCGCACAAAUCAGUGAUCCACUGAUUCUCCUUGAAACAAACCAGAAUCAUGUGGUAGUCUUAACGGCCAAGGCUGAUCUUGUGAUUGAAGGAGAGGAUGAUGCCCAAAAGCCAUCAGCUACAUCAGGUGGGGAAGAGCUUUUCGACGAGUACGGCAUGGCUCUAGAUGAUCCGUCAGCGUCAGGACAAAUUGAUGUUGCAUCUGCGAAGAAGAAAGAGGCCGCAGGCAAGCUGGACGCAAAGGCUUCGGAUAGCAAAAGCCAAGAGGUAAUUGGCUACAAGAACUUCAGUUUCGGUGUGGAGUUUUCCACUUUGGAGAGUCUUGAGGCAGUGGGAUCCGUUUCUGCGUCGUUCCUGUAUAAAGGACCUCUUGCCGACGAGGUUGCUAGCGAUGGUAUUCUCGUUCAUGGUUCUGGUGGCCAAGCGACAAAGGUACCGACAGCCUUCCAAGCAGAUAAUGGAGAGCAGGAAACCGAAGAAGGGAAGAAAGAAAAACUUGUGGCCGAGGGUGCCAAGGAUGAGGUGCAGGAGGAUGACGACGACAGGCUGUUGUACGGCGAUGAUAGUCAAGACGAGGCCGAUAUAGAGCUCUAUGGUACAACUGAUCAGGACUCUAACACCAAGGAUCUGGCCAUGGGAACAAGUCGUGGUGGGAUUCAAUGGAGUGCAAACAUGAUCUCUGGAGCUGAUGGAAAGGCAGAAAACGUGAUCCACCAGGAAGGCGGCAUCAACUCGAAGUCCGCUCCACCCGAAAAAGGUGUUGUAGCACUGCCAGAUCCCUCACAAAUCGACAAGGGACACAGUCAUCUUCUCAUAAUUUGUCGUAGCGAUGGAGCACUUGAAGUGCUGUCCCCUUCACUUCAAUGGAAAACUGUACUUGAAUGCCCAUCAUUCUUCGCAGCACCACCGCUUGUGAAAGACUCUCCAAUAUCAGCGGAAGACAAGGAAAAGGGUAACUACCUUUUUGCCUCAAAAGAUCUUGUCAUUAACAACAUUGCCAUGAUGGAACUAAGUGGUUCCGCCCUUUUGCCUGGCCUCUCCAGUGCUGUCCUGAUCGCAAUAUCUGCUACAGGAGCACCAAUGGUGUAUCGGUCGUACAUGUGUUCCAAGUCAAGCACUACAUCGCACGCAAAAUCCCGCCUUUCAAUGCAUCGGAUUGUCUACAGGGAUAGGACUGCUCAUAUUGUAACGCAAUCGGUAAGCUGUUGUCUCGGUAGCAAAGACAAUGCCUCAGUCGAGAGCAAAACGUCGACCCCCAAGGCACCCAUUGUGCACUUUCGCAAUAUUGCGGGAAGAGCUGGAGUUUUCGUCGGUGGGCCAUGCCCUUUCUUCGUUUUCGCUGAGAGAGGUUACCCAAGAAUGCAUGCCUUAAGUCAUACAAGCGUAACUGGCGCUGAAAUUUCAAUCGAGGAAUAUGAGACGGGUCACAAAGUGUGGGGCUUUACGGAGUUUCACAAUGUGAAAUGUCCGAGAGGGUUCAUUUCGGUUGGGAAUGAUGGAGUGGUACGCAUCGCGGAGCUGCUGCCACCAAGCGUCAUGAACUUUGACGCGCCGACGCCGAUGAGAAAGAUUGCUCUCAGAUGUACUCCUCACAAAGUUGCUUAUCACAACGGCUCGAAGACGUAUGGAGUGCUGGCGUCAAUGCCCACACUAACCAAAAGAGAAGAGCGGCUCGCCCGGAUACUGCAGUCGCUUGAGAAGCAUGAUAGACGACAUUACCAACACACAGCUGCACAAGCUGAGGCAGAAACUGUGGAUGAGCGAGCAAAUCGAGUGCCACCACUAUUCGAAGAGCUUCACGAAUUGCGAGUGUACCGUCCUGACACAUGGGAAUUGAUCAAGAGCCAUAAACUGCAACAGGGAGAGGUAGGACUGGCGAUUGCAAAUAUGAAGGUGGAUGUUUAUAAGCAAAGGACAGUGGCGUCCGGUGUCGAUAUUCCAAGUAGUAAGAAGGGGGACGAUGGGAAUGAGUCACAGUUUGCUGCAUCUCAAAAGAUGCGACCAAAAGACAUGCUGGUCGUCGGGACAGGACAUCUGAAUGGGGAGGAUGCAAGCAGUCGCGGGAGACUAUUGUUGUUUGAAGUCUCACGACAAGACUUGCUGACGGAUGAAGGUGGUGUGUUUACUGCGUUCCAGCUGCAAUUGAUUGCAGAGAAGGAAUUGUUUUCACCAGUAACAGCAGUUGCGUCGAUGGAAGGAUAUGUAAUUGCCGGAGUGGGACCUCAAGUAAGCGUUUACAAACUGGUCGGGGACGAAAUCAUUCACUUGUCAUUUGCGUUUGGGCAAUUGUACUGCACAGCACUUGCAUCUCUGAAGCAGUACGUGGUAGCUGCGGACAUGUGCAAAUCGGUAUCAUUCAUGUAUUUCCGGGAUCGGAAUAAUUCUGUCAACUUUCUUGGGAAAGACUAUGAGCACGUGACGUCAUACGCAGCUGAUUUUCUGAUCGAAAACGAAAAUGUGAGCAUCAUCGUGAGCGAUGGAAACGCAAACGUGCAGCUGAUGAAUUAUGCUCAUGCAUCUGUGCCAGAAUCGCAGGGUGGAAAACGUUUACUUAUUAACGGGGGCGUUCAGUUUGGGUCACGAAUUAAUAAGUUUGUGCGAACCAGAGCGCCGGAUCGCAGGGCAGACCUAGAGACGGGGCGGGUGAAGAAAAAGUCUGGUCGGCACGUACUCUUGUUCUCGACACUAGACGGGGGCAUUGGGGCGCUAGUGGCCGUGAACGAGGUUGAAUUCCGCAACCUUAAACGGAUACGAGACAAGCUAGUGGAGCAUCCGGGGAUCGUGCGACACACGGGUGCCAACCCACUGGAGCAAACGGCGUUCAGACCAGAAACGGCUUCGACGGUGGUUCUGCAGCAGCAUUUGCUGGAUAGUCGAUCGAUGUUCGACUUGUUUAGUUUAUCGCUCAUUGAAAUGCGGAUGAUUGCGCGGCAGACGGAGACCGAUUUAGGAGGGCUGGCUAAGACGCUCAUGACAAUGGAUUCUGUGCUCUACAAGUUUUAGACGUAAGGGUGAGAUAGAGUAUGGUACAAGGCAUUGAAGACAGAAGACGGAAAGCUUAUGGUAAGGAUUACACUAGCUAUGUAAUGCGUUUUGCACAGUUAUAAAGAGCAGCUGAAUUUAAAACGGCCA